AAAAGAAAAAGAAAAGGCUUGCACAGCACAAUAACCAGAGGCAAAGGAGAGCGAGAGAGGGAGUACACCGGCAAUGGCAUCAAAUCUGAGCCCAGAAUAUGCCUAUGCGAUAGUCUACGCGAAGGACGUAGCCAAGUCCGUUGCUUUCUAUGCUAAAGCAUUUGGCUAUCAUGUUCGUCGCUUAGACGAGUCUAACAGAUGGGGAGAGCUGGACAGCGGGCCGACCACGAUAGCCUUCACUCCGAUUCACCAACGCGAGACUGAUGACCGAAGCGGUGCAGUGCAGACUCCCCAUUCUGACCGGGAGAGACCACCCAUGGAGGUUUGUUUUUCUUAUACGGACGUCGAUGCUGCCUACAAGAGGGCAGUGGAAAACGGUGCUAUCCCGGUGAGCAAACCAGAGGACAAAGAAUGGGGACAGAGGGUCGGGUACGUGCGUGAUAUUGAUGGAAUAGUAGUGAGAAUGGGGAGCCGUGUUGUGAAGCCUACAAAGCUAGACUGAGAGAUUUUGGUAUUGCUGUAGUUUUUGUGUUUAUGCUCUGAGAAAA